AUGCGUCUUCUUGAUGCCCAAACCUGCGAGCUGAAGGAGUUCUUUUCGCCCCUAAUUCCGCCAUACGCCAUUCUUUCUCACACGUGGGACGAAGAAGAAAUUAUCCUGCAAGAUCUCGCCAGACCCGAGACCAUCACCGACAAAAAGGGUUUUCAGAAGAUCAAGAAGUGCUGCGCACAGGCCCUCAUCGACGGACACGACUGGGUGUGGGUUGACACGUGUUGUAUCGACAAGACUUCGAGCGCAGAAUUGUCCGAAGCCAUCAAUUCCAUGUAUCGAUGGUACCAAGAAGCAGAGGUCUGCUAUGCCUACAUCAGAGACUUGCCGCCCCAAAUCUCGGAAAACCUGGACCAGGAAGCAUUCAAGUCGGCCAAGUGGUUCACUCGGGGCUGGACACUGCAAGAGCUCAUUGCACCAAAGAUCGUCGAGUUUUACGAUGAAGGCUGGAACCGAGUUGGUACCAAAUCCCAACUAAGAAAUCUGAUCAAGGAAAUCACGGGCGUAAAAUCCAGAGUUCUUCUGGGAACGAAAUCGCCUUGGUCUGUCUCUGUUGCCGAGCGCCUGUCGUGGGCGGCUACAAGGUCUACAUCGCGAGAAGAAGACAUCGCAUACUGUUUGCUCGGGAUUCUGAACAUCAACAUGCCGUUGCUGUAUGGCGAGGGCCCGAGAGCUUUCAUCAGACUCCAGGAGGAGUUUUUACGCACAUCGGAAGACCUGACACUUUUGCUAUGGACCCUCGAGCCCAACACUACGUCGGAUUCCGAUUUGGAAGAAUCCGGUAUCCUCGCGUCAAGCCCGGAUGGAUUUGCCAAAAUCAAAAUCAUAGACUCGGAGGGACAUCACUUCGCGAUACUGAACAACUGCUGGGAUGUGGUCAAGUUGCCGCAGCACUAUCUCUCUCCUCUUCGUCACCUUCGUGGUCCCACAUGGCGAGCGGAAGAGGGACAUGUUCCCGUGCCACCAGCAAUCACACCCCGCGGACUACAUGUGGAGCUGGUCAUCAUCAUGCUUCCCGGAAAAGAAGAGAGAUACUUCGCUUGGACAGGCCGGCUGUUCAGUCAAACUGGCAACCCGUCCAUAGCGAACCCCCGGGUUGGGUAUCUCUGUAUCGAGCUGUGUCGCAAUGGACAGGCUUUCAGGGUCAACACGGGCAGCUUAUUGUUCAUCGACAGUAAUCAAUAUGUCACCUAUGCCCGCCUUCUGCCUCUCUACCUGGCUACCAAAUCUUCCUCCGAAAACAGGUAUGACAACGAUGUCAGCUCGGCGGCCAGCAUCGUUACGGACCGUUCAGCCGAUGGGGAGAACUCUCGAUUCAAGUUGUUGCGAUCAAGCCGGACUUGGGCUUUCUAA